CUCGGGCCCGCCGGCAGACCCACCAUGGACCUGGUGCUGGAGGCCGCUGACCACCACCUGCUCACUCCCUACGUGUACCCUGCGGGCUGGGCUGAGGACGAGCCCUGCCGCCAGCUGCUCAGCCUCUUCGUCAUCACCAACCUCGGGGCGCUCGCCCUCUACCUGCUCUUCGGCACCCUCAGCUACUACUUCAUCUUCGACCAUGAGCUCAAGAAGCACCCCCAGUUCCUAGAGAACCAGGUGCAACGGGAAAUCAUCUACGCGCUGCGCUCCCUGCCCUGGAUCAGCGUUCCCACCGUCGCCCUCUUCUUUGCUGAGGUCCGGGGCUACAGCAAGCUGUACGACAACAUUGAGGACUCCCCCUACGGCUGGCCUGGAGUCUUCCUCAGCAUGCUGUCCUUCCUCUUCUUCACUGACAUGGGCAUCUACUGGAUACACCGAGGUCUUCACCACAAGCUGUUCUAUAAGCGCUUCCACAAGCCCCACCACCUCUGGAAGAUCGCGACGCCCUUUGCCAGCCAUGCCUUCCACCCCGUGGAUGGCUUCAUGCAGAGCCUGCCCUACCACGUCUACCCCUUCCUCUUCCCCCUGCACAAAGUCACCUACCUGGGCCUCUACAUCUUCGUCAACGUCUGGACCAUCUCCAUCCACGACGGCGACUACCGCGUGCCCCGACUGCUACGGCACGUCAUCAACGGCUCUGCCCACCACACCGACCACCACCUCUACUUCGACUACAACUACGGGCAGUACUUCACCCUCUGGGACAAGAUUGGGGGAUCCUACAAGAGCCCCACUGCCUUCGAGGGCAAGGGCCCCCACGAUUACCUGCGCAAGCUGAGGGAGAAUGGCUCAGCGUGUCCCAAUGGAGACAUCACUGAUAAGACCGAGUAGGUGUCCCCGGGCUGGCUGCAACCCCAACAGACUCUGCCUCAUCCCACCCCUCCCGAGCCUUACUGGACAACAUUCCCCCAUAGAAGGAGUCCCCAUCUCCUCCCCUCGCUCAGCAGUUCUCACCAUCCCAAACCCCUCGCUCCGCUGGGCCAAGAGGUUCACACGUGCUGAUGUGCACACGGAAAGGAGGAUGCCACACAGUUUCCUCCACUUCUGCACCACACGCCCACCACCCAUGGACGCCCACUCACAGCCCAUCCUCACCAUCUGAGCCACUCUGGGACCUCCUCUGCUCACGGGUGGCUCUGGCUGAACGCUGCACGUGGGUCUUGGACCCUCCCAGCAUCCCCACCCCUCUUCACAGCACUCAGACACCUUAACGCUACGCAAAGCUGCUGCUAUUUGGACAUCUGGGGAAUACACAUGCCAUGCUCAUACCCCACAUCAGCAUGUGCCCUCUCCAACCCUUAUGACCAUGAGUAUUGCCCUCUCAGCAGGACACGCACACUGACAGCUCCAAGAGCUCCAGCCCUGCUCCCAGAGCAGCACUCUUCAUCCUUGCUUCACACUGCAAACCUCAACUGCAACACAAGCUCACCCCAUUGCCACCGCCACCUGUGGGGCCCUGCACGCUAACAGCAUUGCAGUAUUGUUGCACGUCACCGGGUCUCCAUCCAUCUGCACCCAUUGCUCUUCCUCCCUGAGCUGCCGUGGAUGCUGACAGGUCCAGUCACAUCAAGAUGAGAGGCAAAUGGCAUUGUGCAUUUUGUUCUCCGGUGUGACCUGCACAUCUGGAUUUCCCCAAAUAAAAAAAAAAAAAACACGGCCUCCUACUUUGUGCAGCCAGCGUGGGUCCUCCUGAUGGUUCCUCAGCCUCUGGAUGCACUGGGACUUACCAGCACUGGACAGGGGCUCCUUCAUCUCACCUGAAGAUGAGACAUGGGGACUUAUCGCAGAGGGGCACACCUGGAGGACAGAGGCAGACACUGAACCCCAUUGGUCCCUCAAGCUCAGAGGGAACGUCAGGGGAGGGGAAGCAGGAGGACUCAGAAGCUGGGGAUGGGGGAACUGCAGCUCCUGGCUGGUUUUCCCCCCUGAACAGCCAGUGUGCUUCCUUCAGACACGUGACCGCCCUUCCUUUGGUCAGACCAGCCUCUAAUAAAGCUCAUUUGCCAACUGUGA